AUGAUAAAGAGACUCCUAUCUGUCAUUUUCUGUCCUUUGUGUCCCGGUUACCUUGUCAUCACCAAGGGUUUAAUUACUGGCAAGACAACCAGAGAGACACCUCAUGAGGGACCAGUCGGAGAAGAGGAGAGAAACCAGCUGAGGUGGAACAAAACACGAGCUCAGGCUCGUAGAUUUGGAAUAUCAAAGCUUUGGCUUUGAAGACUCAGAGGCGAGAGGUGAUCUGUCUCAGCAUGGCAACAUUUAUGGAUGUGUGUGAGAGGGAAAGUACCCACCCUGGGAGGAGGAACUAAAGAGAGCUCUGAUCAAAAGGCUCUGCUGCAGAUUUUCCCAGUUUUUGGAAAAGAUUCAGUCAAACCUUUCCUCAGAGUUCAGCUGUGUCCAUCCAUCCUCCAGGCAUGCCAGAGGACGUUGUUCCAGGGUCCCAGCAGGGGGAACCAGUUAGUGCAGCCCCCUGCCCCAGCACCAGCCCCGGGGAGGCUGUAGAUUUAGAGUGUCCCAUUUGCUACCAAGACUACAACCAGUAUAACAAAAGCCCCCGGAUGUUGGAGUGCCUCCAUGUCUUCUGCACAGAGUGCCUGCAGAGGAUCCAGCUCAACCCCUGUGACCCCGCUGACCCCCGCGGCGGCCCACAAGCCAUUCCCUGUCCCCUCUGCCGCCAUUUAACCCCUCUGCGCACUGGGAACACCCUCGCUUUACCCUGCAACUCCCAAAUCAUGUGCAGGCUGCCCCGCGUGACGGCCUUCCGGAUGCCGGCGACAGUUUCCACACGCGUGGCGACGGUCACCCAGAGAGUGGUGCUCUCUCUGGAGGGCGCCAACAGCAGCAGCGGAGGCGGCAGGGACAGCCGCUUCAUCGUCCUGCCCACCGUCAGCCUGCAGGUGCAGCAGAUGCACCCGGACAGGCCGUACGGCGCGGCCGCGGACCUGGUGGGCGAGGAGGGGGUCAUACAGCAGAGCCGGAGGACCCUGCUGUGCGUGCAGCUGCUGGCCGUCAUAUUCUGGGUGCUCUUUGUGAUCACCUGCGUGGUCGGCGUGGUGUUUGGACCGCACUUGUUCAACAGGAAAAUCUAAUUGGUGGGUGGGUGGGGUCACUUUGGCAGCAGAUACUCCUGACAUAAAGACAAUAUGUGAGUGAUUUCUGUUUAGACUGAUGAAGAUUUACUUAAAUACCUCAUUGUGGAUGGUUGGUGCUAUCGCUCCUUUUUUUUUCUUCUUACAUGGAUGAAGAGCUCCCUCUAGUGUCACAUGACUGUAAUAAACUCUACACGUCUGUUCUUUGGCAUAGUUGGCCGCUUUAUUAGAUGCACUUCGCAAGAAUUAUUCCUCAGAGAGUUUUGGUCUAAAUUGACUUUAUAUCAUGACAGCUGCUGCAGAUGCGUCUGAUGUUCAUCCCAAAAGUGCUUUACUGAUGAGAACACAGUAACCAUCAGAAGAUGGGUACACUGUGUCCAUCCAGAGAUGACUAGGGCAAUUAAAAGAAGUUCAUAAGAGGCUUUUUGAGGUUCUGUUGUCCUUCUAUCAUCUGGAACCACUCUGCUCUUUCUCCUCUGACAUCAAGGCCUUUUUGUCCAUACAACCGCCUCUCAGUGGAUAUUUUUCUUCUUUCAAACUAUUCUCUGUUGUGCAUCAAAACCCUAAUAGCAAGCACCAAAAAAAUACGUUCAGUCACUUUAAACCUCUUUGUUCCCCGUUCUGAACUUCAGCAAAUCUUCUACACUAGGUCUAGAUGCCUUGAUGAUUAACUGAUUUGCAGUCUUAGUGAAGAAUCAAUUAGAGAUGUGUACCUAAUGAAGUGGCCAGUAAGUGAAACUUCCUAUUUAGCAACAUGUGAUGCUUGACAAUAUUAUAACACAGGAUAUAUUUGUACCAGAACUGCUCUGCCAAGGAUUCCUGCCUCACCUACACAAAAUGUUGCAAAGUUUCCUAAAGGAAUAUGUUGUUAAAAAAAGAUGUUCAUUUAUGCUAUUAUUGUCAUAAUCAUCACCAUUAUUAUGAUUAUUAUUAGUACUACUACAAUGUUUAUCUGGUCUGGGACCCAUUUAAAAGUGUCUGAGGUGAACAAUAUGAAUAUGAACAGCAGUUUCUGACAAGCAGUACCGAUUCUGUAAUGUAAUUGUUGGAUAAUCCUCCUGUGUUUACUUUUCCUUUUUCUGUAUAGUGCGUGUGUAUUUUGUGCUUUGAGUGUUUUUUAUUUGUUUAAGAGAAACACAUUUAAUUAAUUAUAAUUAUUUCUCAAAUUAAACUGGUUAAACAGCACUGAUGAAAUUAAAAAGCUUAAUUUGAAAGUAUUUUAACUCAUAUUAACUAUAAGCUGCUCCUGAAUCUUUACUUGUUCCUCUUUAUGUGCGAGCCGUUAGUUUGCAGCACAGCUAGCGGUUAUAGGAAGUUAGUAAAUUGAACAUAAGGCAGAUGAUUGAUUGAAAACAAACUUUUAUCUGGUGCUAUAAGGAGGAUAUUGCAUUAAUAUUGCGUAUUGCCUAAAACAGUAAUUUUGUAAGCGAUUUUCAAGAUUUUGUUGCUAAUUUAUGUGAAUGAGCUGAAAGAUUUUUUUAGUGAGUUUAAGUUUUGUAAAAACACCAUCAUCUCAUGUCUGUAACAGAACUAUCAGUAGCCAUAGACCUGGGUAUAACCAAAGCAUCGACUGGUGAGGACUAAUAAACUGUUGUUACUCUAAGAGAAACCUUAGAGUGUCAAUUUUUCCUAAUGCCACAUUCGGCACAGACUACUGCUUGAAUAUAUUUUCUUCUGGUAUAUAUUUGAUAGUUACAGUAAAAAUAUGUUGGGUUUUUUUUUUGUCUUCUGGCAACAGUAGACAUUAAAACGUAACCCACCAGAAGGACAUUUGGUAGAUGUUAUUUAUUACCCCGAUUCAUUUUAUGUUCUACCUUCAUUAUUUAGACACAAACGUUUUUUUUUUAAAGAUCAAUAUAUGCAUAUUAUGUAUGAACAUAUUUUCCCUUUUUGGUAAUUGCAGUUGUCAACUUCAGUUCUUAUUGAA